CAGAAGUGGUGUCCGUUGAGAGAUCGUGGUCAGAGAAGUUCUUGCACUCGCUUUAUUUUGCUGUUAUUCUCACUUAAGGUAAGUGAUUGUCUUUUAUAAAAAUAUAUAAAAGCUAGGGUCUGUUCUAAAGCAGUUUGCACAGCGAAAUUCAAGCAAAUAUUGCCAUCGCUCAGCUCGAUGAUUCAGAAUUGACAGAACUUGUAACUCUUUCAAUCGAGAGAGUCAAUUACGAACACAUAGACAAGCCCAACAAUCGUUAGCGAUGUAUCUAUAUCAAAGUGACCAAAGUGUAUGAAGCUGUUCGGAAAUCUUAGCCUUAUUCCUUUUACAUUCAAGCACUGAAAAGCUUAAUCCCGCUUCCACUCGGCAGUUAAAUGAUUGCAGCCCAGGCCUAUUUGUAAACAUAUCACGGGCAUCGUUAUCUUUGCCGACUAAAAAGUGAAAGUAGUGUUUGUAGUAAAAUCGCGUCGUGCAAAAUGUCUUCACGUAUCAUAUUAGUCUGUGACAGGCCCUAACGUCGCGAAAAUAAAACAAGUCAAGCGCACGAGUGCACUACUAUCUUGGAGCAUGGAAGAGGCUAUAGCAUCAUAUUGAUUUUAACAUUGCAUGAAGGAGUACUUAAAAUGCCGCGUGUAUCAAAUGAAUAGGGUGUUUUAGAAGUAAAAUGCAAACGAAAAUGAUUCUGAGACCUCGUCCUCAUUACCAGGGUUCAUUCAAAUACUCGACAGCUCGCAUUGUAAGUUUUGGCGCUUGGCAAAAUUUAGAAUUGGCUGGUAGGAUGGGUGAUUUUCUAAAUUUAAUUAAAAUAUAUAAUUUUUUCGAACAUUAUUGCUCAAAGCCCCUUAUUACUCUUGCGUACUUCAUAAUGGCAGAUUCGUUACGAAACAUGUAAGAAUCAUGAAUCUUUGUUUUAAAAACUUGGGAAUCAUGAACCUUUGUAAUUCGGCUCGGAAAUGGUGAAUAACGAGACGCUGAGAAAAGCUCAACAAAAUUCCCGUAUGAAUUAAUGAUAGAUCCCUGCAGGGAAUGCAGAAUAUGGCGUUUCCGAGAGUCCAAUUUUCAAACAUUUUCGGGGGGAUCGUGCCCCGGACCCCCAAUAUACUUCGUCCAUUCGGGGCUGACAGUCCGCUUGUUUAUCCAGUAACCUGGUACUUAAUGGUCAGUUACAAAAGCAACUCCGGAUCUAGACAAAACGGAUGAUUAUACCGAGUCUGGAUGAAGCAGAAGUCUGAACAACAAAGAAACUACAGGGUGUCCUAAAAGUUCGUUCCUCUAAUUUCAUGCCAUAUAACUUUUGAUCAAAACUUUAUUUUUACAUGAAAUUUCUAGAAGAUGUUUAUUGCUCUAUCGAGUACAUGUCUUCAAAAGUUUAGUAAGUGGCAAGCCUUCUCCGGUAUUUUUUUAAAUCAAAUUCUGUAGUCGUUGCGGCAUGCAGUGGGAUACAGCGUGUAAACAGAUGAUCCAUUUUGAUCCUUUUAUCACCUGGUAUGCAGGAGCCACUUCAACCCCAAAACAAUACUUUUUAGACUAUAGGCAGCUGAAAAAAGGUUUUGGGAAUUCACGUAGCUAAACGUUUUUGCCUUAAUGGGGUUUAUCCUUUGUGAUAUUCACAAAAAUCAGUGAAGGAGUUCGAGCAAUUCCGGCUAUAAAAUGCAUAAAAUAUGUGGCGGGAAAAUAUACUCGCGCCCACGCACCUUUGGCGCGGAAGUACAAAAAUCGAAUAUUCGAGUCAAAAGAUGGCAUAACAAGUAUAAAAUAGUGAAUCAGAUUGAAAGACACAACUUGUUUCCACGAUUUACUUACCAAGUCCAAUGGUACUGCAUUACAAACUUUUGAAGUAGAGGAACGAGCUUUUGGGACACCCUGUAUACAUAACGAGACUAAUGAAGUUGCCACUGAGAAAAUCAUCUAGGUGAUCACUUCGUGCAUCAUGAAUCUGGGGGAAAAUUCUUGUAGGAAUCGUGAAUCACUGAGGUAAAAACAACACGAAUCAUGAAUAUCACGAUUGAAAUGGUUCCGCAUCUACCCCUGAGGCAGAUUGACCUGACUGAACAGUCCCGUCUAAUGGUGAAUUCUCUACAUAAAAACGUUUUAUGAUGUUGUUAUUUUUAUAAUUUGUUAGGCGCGUGCUUCGAUUGUGCUGAAGAUUGAAUGAGUGCAAUUUGUCUUGUAAGAUUAUUCUGUAAUUAAAAUAGGGGAAAAAAUGACAUAAUUUCUGUCCGAGGUCUGAAAACAAACAACGCCUAAUAGUUCUGUUUACCCCAGAGAUGGUGUAAAAAGGCUGCUUUACGCGCUACCAGAUGUAGCGAACCAGACGUGUACCGAGCCACACACACAAAAAAUCCGGCCUGAUUUUUUAUUUUGGCCUUUCCUUUACACAGAGAGAUAACACCAAUAAAUUGGCUGCCACCGGGGACUAUCGUGUCUUUACGGCCUUUAUAGCAUACAAUUUUAAAAUAAGGGUGGUUUUGGGUGGGCACAAAGGUGAUUUUGCUUGGGAAGAAUUUGUUUUCCACGCCUAAUCUACUGUGGCCAAAGGUGAUUUCUAUUUGUUAGGGGUACAAAUAAGACUAUUAACUCGAUGUAAGAUUUUAGAUGUUGCUUCAUUCUUGCACUGUUUGCAAUGUUUUUUUUCUCUUAAGUCACCCCAGUUAACCGAUUUGUGGAUUACAAGGUUAUUGUUUGAUUUAAAUUAUAAAUUUAUUAACUAGAGGUAUGCUUUUAGCCCUGGCUAAAUCUAUAUAUUACUUAUUAUUGGGUUUACUUGUCCUCCGACCAUACAUUUCAAGUUUAUUACAAAGUGCGACAAGUGUUAUUACAGAGCGCGACAAUUUUAUUACAAAGUGCGACCAUUAUUACAAAGUGCGACAGAACAAGGUUGGCGAAUAUAUUGUCUCACUUUUAAUAUGGUUACAGUGAUAUGUUCUAUGUGCUUUUGAUUUUUCCCUCCGAGUGUUCAGAAGAUAUAAUUGCAAGACUUACGAAAGACAAAGAAAUUAAUUAUGUUUUAAAGUAUAGGCUACUAAUAGACUAGUCAGACUUGUCAUAAAGUGGAUCCGCAUGGAAAAUUUUAGGCAGAACACCUCUGCUAUUGUAUUUCCAUUUCCCAGUAAACAUUUCUUGCUGUUCAAUCCAAAUCUCUGAGAUCCAUACUCACUUAAAUUUUUAUUGUUGUUAAAUGCAUCCCUGCUAACAACUAAGGAUUGAAUUUUGCGUAUACCUAAAAGCUACAUUAAAUUGUACUAUCUAGACUUGUCCUAUAUACAGAGCGCAACAAAAGCAGAGUGGAUGAAAUUAAAUUCGAGAUAGAUAUAGAUAGAUAGAUAGUUAGUUUAUUAAAACUGCAUCGCAGCCAAAGGCUGAAUUAUGCAAUUAUUUACAAAAACCUUACAAUACUUGAAAAUUACAAAUGAAUCCUAGAUAAUUGGUCAAAAACUAAUUUUAAAGAUAAUAUUAAAAAUUCUAUAUAACAUAUUCAUAUUGAAAUAUGUUAAAAUAUAAAGCAUGAAUAUAAGUGGGAUAAAACUACAGCCCGGACUGUUUCGACAUCGCAUAUAUAAAAGUAUUACUUGUUCUGUUCUUGCAAAGCUUUGGCAUAUUAAAAGGCGCUGUCGUCUUAGGUUAUAGCGUGAGUUGUCAUAGUCUGGUGGAAGGAGCGCCUUCAAUUUAUGGUUUGGAUCACUGACAAUGCAAAAGGCCCGCUACAUAGUACGUAAUAAUCCUCCAAAAUGGGUGUUAACCCCACCUCUAUUGCCGAGUUGCACUUUCCUGAGGUUAUUAUUGAUAUCGCUCUUUUCUCGAGCCGUACCAGCUCUUUCUUUAAGUACCGGGGGAGACCGUUUAAAAAGACAGGUGCUGCAUAAUCAAUAACAGAUCUCACGCACGAUACGUAGAUCAGAACAGUGCUAGAUCUUGUUUCGGAACUCCCGCUCGCUUUAACUGAGUUAGGAAAUACCUUCCUUCCUUCAUCAUUAUAAGAAAUGCGCAAGUCCCCUUGAUCUUUUUUGUUCUCCAUGGCUGCUAAGGAGGAAACAGUUUUCCCUUUUCAAGAAAUUGUUGGCGGCCAUAUUUUGCGGUCUUCGAACCAAGGAUAGGAGCAAGUCUGUCGAAGUCGCUGAUAGUACUAUCGAAGGCCUUACUCAUGUCAAGUACCGCUACUUCAGUGCAAGAGAAGCAUGGACGUGCACAAGUCAGCGCUUGCGUUUUUAUUAUAUUCAUAAACGGGUGUGGAAAUGAAGUGGAUCUCAUUUUGUAAGAGCGUCUAUGUUCGCGCCGCUUCGAAUUGUUAGCCUGUUACAGCCUGUUUGUAGGAGGAGCGUUGCGUGACGACACAAAGUACGGCUGUGUUACAGAAUAACUGGUAAUAGUUGACACUACAGCUGCCCCCGUUCUGUAUAUUGUCAGUCAAUAGUAUUCUUCUCGUUGUGUAGCUCUUUGAAAUAUACCGAUUCAUAAUGAAGAUUUUCACACAUAUUCCAUACAAUAGGUGAGAUAAAUACAAGAAACGCAAGGCUCCAUGCACAGUUUCAGCUCGAUUUACACAGCUUUGAUCAAAACAUUCUCAGUUUCGAGAAUAGUUUAUUCUAAACCAUAAGAAAAGAUUUAAUUAGAAGNAGGUUAUAGCGUGAGUUGUCAUAGUCUGGUGGAAGGAGCGCCUUCAAUUUAUGGUUUGGAUCACUGACAAUGCAAAAGGCCCGCUACAUAGUACGUAAUAAUCCUCCAAAAUGGGUGUUAACCCCACCUCUAUUGCCGAGUUGCACUUUCCUGAGGUUAUUAUUGAUAUCGCUCUUUUCUCGAGCCGUACCAGCUCUUUCUUUAAGUACCGGGGGAGACCGUUUAAAAAGACAGGUGCUGCAUAAUCAAUAACAGAUCUCACGCACGAUACGUAGAUCAGAACAGUGCUAGAUCUUGUUUCGGAACUCCCGCUCGCUUUAACUGAGUUAGGAAAUACCUUCCUUCCUUCAUCAUUAUAAGAAAUGCGCAAGUCCCCUUGAUCUUUU